CAAAAAACUGAUAUAAAAAAUGAGUGGAAGAUGAGCAACGCAAUCGACAAUAACAAGAAAUUUUAUUGUAAUGCAAUUAGAAUUGCUCCGUGAGUCAGUAAAGUAAGUAAAUUGCUUUCCAUUUUGUUCGUUAUCUAUAUAUAGAAGAGGAGAUCAGUAAGCAUCAGUGAAGGGGUUUGAAGAUCAGUAUACACAGAAAAAUCAAGAAGAUAAUGGAGGAAAUUGGGUUUUUGGGAAUGGGAAUAAUGGGGAAAGCUAUGGCCAUGAACUUGCUUCGCAAUGGAUUUAAGGUCACUGUUUGGAAUCGCACGCUUUCCAAGUGUGAUGAGCUAAAAGAGCAUGGUGCUUCUGUAGGGGAAAGUCCUGCAGCAGUUGUAAAGAAGUGCAAAUACACAAUUGGAAUGCUAUCUGAUCCUCCUGCAGCUCUUUCUGUGGUGUUUGAUAAAGGCGGUAUUCUUGAGGAAAUUAGCAGUGGAAAAGGUUACAUUGACAUGUCAACAGUUGAUGCUGAAACUUCUUCUAAAAUCAGCCAGGCUGUAAUAGCGAAAGGUGGUUCUUUUCUUGAAGCUCCAGUGUCUGGAAGCAAAAAACCUGCUGAAGAUGGACAAUUGGUCAUCCUUGCUGCUGGUGAAAAGGGAUUGUAUGAGAAAAUUGUUCCUGCUUUUGAUGUAUUGGGGAAGAAGUCAUUUUUCUUGGGAGAGGUUGGAAAUGGAGCAAAGAUGAAACUUGUAGUUAAUAUGAUCAUGGGAAGUAUGAUGAAUGCUUUCUCAGAGGGACUUGUUCUUGCUGACAAAAGUGGACUUAGCCCUAAAACUCUUCUAGAUGUAUUGGAUCUUGGUGCAAUUGCUAAUCCAAUGUUCAAAAUGAAAGGACCUUCAAUGAUCGAAAACAGUUACAGCCCUGCAUUUCCAUUGAAACAUCAACAGAAGGACAUGAGGUUGGCUCUUGCUCUUGGUGAUGAGAAUGCAGUAUCAAUGCCCGUGGCAGCUGCCGCCAAUGAGGCAUUCAAGAAGGCUAGAAGCACUGGUUUAGGAGAUCUUGAUUUUUCAGCUGUUUAUGAGAUUUUCAAGGUUACCCAACCCUCGCCAUGAUGAGAUAUCAUGAUUCAAGAAAAUGUUGUAGGAAGGAUAUGAUUCAAAUCGACCAUUCUUCCUUCCGUUAAUUCUGAGAUGUGGUGUUUAAUGAUGAAGAACACCCGUACUCUGUAUUGUUUUGUUUUGGAUCUAUUAAAUUUAAAACAAGUUAUGGAUA